CGGCGCGGCGGCGGCGCCGGCCGUCAGUCGGCGGCCGCUCUCCGCGCGCCCCACGCUGCGCUCGCGAGCCUGCAGCGCGGCUAUUAUGCCGGCGCACCGGGCCCGCAUCCCACGUGCCGCGUGCCCGCCGCGCCCCGCACCACACUAUACAUCACCAACUAUAUCACGCGCGAUUACGCGUCUCACGUCUACCGGAAUGUAAAUAUUUAUGGAUGUCAGUUUCCAGUUGUUUAGAUUGGCUGUGAAUUUUAAGUGAGAGUAAGCCUGGCGGCGGCGACCGGCUGGCGACGCCGCGGAUGUCGCUGCUGGGCAAGCCGCUCAGCUAUCGCGCCACGCGUCGCGACGCGCGUUACCGCCGCCUACAAUCCAAGUUCUACAAUUUCCUUGAACGGCCGAGGGGUGUUAAGGCCGUCCUGUAUCAUAUGAUUGUGUUCCUCAUGGUGUUCAUGUGCCUGUCGCUGUCCGUGUUCUCCACCAUCGAGGAGUACGAGGCUCGCGCCGGGAUAGUGCUCUUCUACAUGGAAACUGUCGUCGUCAUUUGGUUCGCUAUCGAGUUUGUGUUAAGGUUAUGGUCGUCAGGAUGCCGGUCCCGGUAUCAGGGUUCAAUGGGCCGCCUCAAGUUCUUGAGGCGGCCAUUCUGCAUAAUAGAUGUUACGACAAUCCUGGCGUCACUGGUGGUGCUGGGCAUGGGCUCGUCGGGGCAGGUGUUCGCGGCGUCGGCGCUGCGCGGGCUGCGCUUCUUCCAGAUCCUGCGCAUGGUGCGCAUGGACCGGCGCGGCGGCACCUGGAAACUGCUCGGCUCCGUCGUCUACGCACAUCGACAGGAACUGAUCACCACUUUAUACAUAGGAUUCCUGGGCCUUAUUUUUGCGUCAUUUUUGGUUUACUUAGCAGAGAAAGAUGUCGAGCAUACAAAAUUUAAAAAUUUCGCCGAAGCUUUAUGGUGGGGAGUUAUCACACUGUGCACUGUGGGGUACGGCGACAUGGUGCCCCAGACCUGGCAAGGAAAGUUCAUUGCUUCAUUCUGCGCGCUACUCGGGAUAUCUUUCUUCGCGCUCCCUGCUGGUAUCUUGGGUUCAGGAUUCGCUUUAAAAGUACAACAGCAACAGAGGCAAAAGCAUAUGAUCAGGAGGCGGCAACCGGCAGCGACGCUCAUCCAAGCGCUUUGGCGCUGCUAUGCAGCUGAUGAGCACUCGAUGAGCGUGGCUACCUGGAAGAUACAUCAAAUUCCUCUUCCCAGUCCGCAGACGAGCAGGGUGAUGAGCGCAUCGUUUAAGAACAACGCGUCAUUCGUGUCGCGGCUGCCGACGAUCCGCCGACACAAGAGCACCUCGCUGCACUCCCCCGCGCCGCACUCCAAGCCGGCGCACCGGUAUGACGUCAACGCCAGUGCAGAAAAUCUCGGCGCGACGAACGGGCGCGCGGCGCGCGCGCGGCCCGUCAACCCGGCGCUCAGCGAGGACUCUGUGGCCGAGACGCAGCUCUCCAAGAAAAACUCCGACGACGAGGAUGAGGAGCCCCGCUGCGUGAACCUCACGCCGCGCCACAAGUCGGCCAUUCGAUUCAUAAGAAAGCUCAAGUAUUUUGUCGCUCGCAAGAGAUUUAGAGAAGCGUUGAAACCGUACGACGUGAAAGAUGUGAUAGAACAGUACUCUUCAGGGCACGCCGACCUUCUAAACCGCACAAAGAACCUGCAGUACAGAUUAGACCAAAUACUUGGCAAGCAAGGAUCUAAAGCGAAAGACGUCUACGCAUCCAAAAUCAGCCUAGCUUCCAGAGUAGUUAAAAUUGAAAGACAAGUAGAUGAUAUAGAAAGUAAGUUGGAUCAUUUGUUAGAAUUGUAUGAAGAGGACAGAAGGUCCUCGAGAAGAAUAGGUAGUUCAAGAACCGGCGGCGGGGAGGGCGGUGGGGAGGGCGGAGCGAGCGAGAGUACGCUGGCCCUGCGCACGCGCCCCGCGCUCUCCGACAAGCAGUGUUCGGAGCCCAACUCGCCCGUAUCGCGAACCUUCGAGCCGGCGCCCGCGGCGGCCGCGCGCGUACCGCACAAGCGCCCCAUGAACAGGGGCUAUUCUGAUCUAGGAACUAGAUUCAUGAGGAAAAAAGUUAUAGUCAGGACAUCUUCAAAUCGAAAUGGAGGAUCUCCGCGAGAUGACGAGGUAGUUAUCGUAGUGCCGACGGACCGCGAGGACACCCCGCCACGGCUCGUCACCGACAGCUCGGAAGUAUGCGCGAGCUGCUCAGUAGAGGUAGAGACUGAAGCGGAGGCCGGGGCCUCCGGCAGCUCGGGGUCGGCGUCGUGGUGCGAGGGCGAGGCGGAGGGCGAGGGCGGAGAAGAGCGCGGCUACGGCUCGGGCGACUCGCUGGCGGAGGACGCGGCGUUGCUAGGCGCGGCGCACGCCACGAACGCGCCGCACGCGCCGCGGAUCGUGCGCACGCAGCGGCGCGACGUCGCUGUCGACCUUCACCUCUUGCGGCCCGACGUUUGAACUUCCUCCAAACGGUGCAACGGUCCUCUCUCUUGAAUACACUCCCGACUAAUAUCCCGUUUAAUUCGUAUCGUUCACAGAAUGUUUGAUGAUGAUGUUCCACAAUUUAUUAUGUCGCUAAAACUGUCCAAGUGUACACAAAACCUUGUUGACAAUAGGUGCUUAUUUAACUCAAAACAGCAAUCAUAUUAUGCUUAUUUGCAUAACCUAGUGUGAUUGAGUAGUAAAUGGUUGAAACAAUCAAAGAGUGACUAUUGAAACAAUAAUCAAUAUAUACAACGAGUAAUUAUUCAGAUUUGUCAUGCAAUAGGUUCAAAGGCGCAAACAGAAAGGGGAUAAAAUGUUGCAAGCCUAUUUAGUAGGUACCUACCGUCGAUGCCUUACGACACUUUCCUGCAAUAAUCUACUGAUGGUCAUCCUGAUCUGUUUCCUGCCGGUCAAUAAGAACUAUGUGUUUUAUACAUCAGGGGGUCUUAGCCAACAUGCCAAUCGUUUGCGUCCCGUAGCGAACGAAACGCAACUGUCGCACUAAUAGUAAUUUGGGAGAGUUAUAGAGAGACGAGAGACACAAAGCGUUUCGUUGUCGUAGCGCAAGCGAUUUCGCCCUUGGCUAGGCACCCUGGGGGCCUAGCAAAGAUGACAAUCGUUUGCAGAAUACAAACGUAACGCUAUAAUAUCUAUACGUUAUUUACGUUUAUCUUAGAGUUUUGUUUCGUUUUAAGCGAAGGAUUAUGCUAUCUUUCCUAGGCCCCAAGUUACGAUACUUGUGUCGUGUAAAUACCUAAUUGGAGUACAGUUGUGCUAUGGCCACCAUGGCCUAAGCCUCGUCGAUUGUAGCAUGAACUUAUCAAUUACACUCGUUUCUUCAUUAAAUUGUAAAUAAGAACGAGCACAAGUAGGUAAAAAAUACGCUUAAUUUCUUUGUUUCCUAUUGCUUUUAAAAAUAAUUAAUAAUUAUAUUAAGGUUAAGAGAAUAAGACAUUUUACAGAAUUUUAUCAAUAAGUUGAGUGAAAGCUUAGCUUUUAAUUUUAUUGAAUAUAGUAGUCAUAAGUUGUAAAUAAAUUAAAAAUAAGGCAAAUGGAGUACCAAUACAGUAAAAUUUACUAACGAUCGUACCUACUUCCGAUUGUAAGUACUAAUGAAAAAAUGAUAUGGCAAAUUUAAUCAGUUUGUGAAAUGAUUUGAAUUAAUAUACUUAAUAGUAGAGCUAGAAGAAGGCAUGUGUCACCUAUUGGGAGUGGCAGGCAAUAUUCAGAAUUAAUUUUUAUACCUAAUAUUUUUUGCAUUACCUAAUACCUAUGACCGCAACACAACGCAAAAUAAUUCCUUAAAAAAAUAGCCAUAUUCUGACAUAUCCCACUUGGUGUCUAAAUAUUGGGAUAUCGGGAAAUACGUAAAGUAAAAUAUCAUUUAAAACCCCACAAAGUCCCAAUAUAUAUUUACCUAUUUACCGUAGAGCCCAUCAAUCGAUGCUCAUUAUUGUGAUUUUUUGUGAUUUAAUCCGUUCUUUGUGAGAAAAAAUAAGUUACGAAUAACUUUAAUUAUGACAAUACUCAGUUCUUAAUUAAUCUAAAUUAUAAUAAUUUAUGGCAUUAUAAAUGCAAGCAUUUUCACCUUGAAUGUGAAUAGUGAACAUCGAAUUAUUAUUAUUUUGUAAUUAGAUAGACUUGGUUAUGACAAUACAAACUUUCAAAAAUCAACCAUCGUAUGUACAACAAUAUUUAAACUACAAUAUUUAUUGUACAAUUUUAAAAAUAAAUUUAUUUUUAAAUAAGUACCGUCAACCGGGGUGAAUAGGGAUGGCUGUGGUGAAUAUGGACAAACAUUAAAUAUGAUUUACCUGACAAUUUCUUAAAAAAUACUCACACCAAUUAUAUCAUUCGAUUGAAAAUAAUAAUAGAUUAUGGUAUUUUUUAAGAAAUAGUCAGGUAAAUCACAUUUUAAGUUUUGUCUCUAUUCACCCCGGUUGACGUUACUUUUUCCUUGCCUUCGCUACAUAGAUGCCUACUUAGUUUCAAUUUUGGACCCUAGAUAAUGCUUAUUGCAACCUAGGAAUUAAUGUACACGCAAUAGACUGAUGUAACGGUAUCAAUAACUAUAAUAGAAACUAUAUAAAAAACCAUUUUGGAAAACUGACUUAUCUACUAACCUACUUACAUAGAACACUAAUUUUGGUAUUAAGCUUGUUGUCAUAGAAAUAGAGACAGAGUCGGUCAAGUAAAAACCUACACUUCUCUAAUCUCUAUAGGACCAGCCAGCAUCUCCUUACGAUACUAUACAUACAAUACAAUGCAGAAUUCUUUACCUAUAAUAUUUACACAGCACCAACUUUAACAAUCCUAUUCUUGAACCAAUUUUUAAAAUUUUGGAUGCAUCUUGAUAAAAGCAGGGUAAAAUUUGCCUGUCAUUCAAAAAUAAUUAAAUUAAGAUUUUAACGUUUAUAAUGUAUACUUAAAUAGAACACCCUAGAACCUUACCCAAAUUACCUAUCUUUCUCGACUCACUGCAGCCAAAAUUGUAGAUAGUAGGUUACCUAAUUAUUA